AUGAAUUUUAAUGUUGUGCAAGACCCGUCAGUGUCCAUGCAUCCCAGACAUGGACAUAAGUUCAGAAUAUUCAUCGCACCUUUUAUAUGUGAUAUACCAUUCCACAACAUAAUGGCCAAGAGAGCAAGCGUCCUCAGGAGGCGGAAGUCCAAAAGCAAAAUGGACGUCUCGGCGCCUCCGGAGAACUCGGCUCGGAGAGACAGCGACGGCGACAUGGUGUUCUACGUGGAGGAGCCGAGAGCAGCAGGGACCCCCAAUCGCAUCCGUCGAGAGGGGGUCUCGCGGGGGUCGGCGCUCCACAGCCAAGCCUCUUCUGUGACCGAAGUGGCUUCCGACGAGAUUGACAUCGACAACGAUGAGCCCUUAGGAUUCACCUCACUGACCGAGGCUCACCGCAACGCCAUCAGAGCUAUCAGAAAAAUCAAGUACUUCGUGGCGAGGAGGAAGUUCCAACAGGCCAGAAAGCCGUACGAUGUGCGUGACGUCAUCGAACAGUAUAGCCAAGGCCAUCUCAACAUGAUGGUCAGAAUCAAGGAACUCCAACGCCGCCUCGACCAGACCCUCGGGAAGCCGGGGAGUUACCUUGCGGGUAUCGACAAGUCAGGCAAUGUCAAACCUAUGACUAUAGGUGCAAGGCUCUACCGCGUGGAGCAACAGUUGCUUCUCCUGGACAAGAAGUUAGACCAGAUGCUGUUCGUGUGCAACGCCCUUUCGCAGAAAACCCAGUUACCUGAGAUACGCAACCCGGACGACCAUGUAUAGCAAUGCUAGUGUAGUGAUUUUUUAUUUUGUUCUUUCUUCGGUGUGUUUAUCUCCUUUGAUCUGUUGAUAUAUAUUUUCUUGUUUGUUUGUUUGUUUGGCAAGUGAAGAAAAAAAUAUUUUCGUGAUAUAUCUCGCCAAGUUUUGCAAAACGAUAGCUUCCCAUGUCAUUGUUGCAUUGAAUUUGAUCAUUGUAGGGAAACAAAGACAGACUUAAGCACCGUCAUUUAACCUUGGAAAUUGUACUAUCGUAAUAUGCAGGAUAAAGAUGUGUAUAUAUCUAUAUUUUCUAAAUAUGUAACAGUACAUAUUUACGUUGGGGAAUACACGCGCGCCUGGCGUGUGUAUGUGUAUAUACAAUAAUAUAAAUAUAUAGGUUAUAUAUGAUAUAUUAUCAAGCAGUGAAUACAACGGUCAAGUGGCGAUGCCUGACCUGCAGCUAGUCCACGGCUCGUCUCUGUAGCCUGGUCCUGGUACCUUGUAUGCCCUCACGUCCCCUGGUUGCUGCCAUCCCGCUGCACCGCAACUGGUUCCACGGAGCUCACGAUUUCACUUUUGGAAGAGUCGUCUGCCAGUUUAAGUCUUUGAGUAAUGGGUACGUCGGGUUCGAACUGACUCUCUCUUCUGCGCGUGUGUUGACCAUUAUCAGUAUUGCAAGCGAGAGCAUUUGCAAGCAUGUGUGUAGUGUUUCGCAUCUUGAAAAGGACUAUGGUUGAUGAUGUGACACAGACGAAACGGCCCGGAGUUGACUUCUGUAGCUGAUCCCCAAAUAAGUCUCGUUUUUUUGUUCAAGUUUGGGAUGAACUGAAGCAACAGGUCGUUUCCUUUGAUUUGCAAUCGAUGCCUCUGCAUAAUUCUAAUCUAUGUUUAGAUUGGUUGUUGAUUAUUUUGCGCUCACGCAUGUAUACACAUACAUAUAAAAAUAAACACAUAAAAAUGCACACAUUCUCUCUGCCUCUGUCUGUUGUCCUAUUG